AUCAACACAGACUACUUUCUUUUUUUCUUAUCUCAACACUCGGACACCGUGAGGAUGUGGUCCUGUAUCACUGAUUUCUUUACCUAUGAAACCACCAAGUCGGUGGUCGUGAAGAGUUGGACCAUCGGCAUCAUCAACCGCGUUGUGCAACUCCUCAUCAUCACCUACUUUGUUGGGUGAGUGUUCCUCUUUAUGCAAUAUAUGUAUAUAUUGAUGAACAAAACUUGAUUUGACUGUGGGGGAUCUUUAAAAUGAUAUAACAUCAUUUCAGAUAUCAAGGAGCAUAACUAAAAAUGCACAAAUACAUUCAGAGAGCUGAACUGGUAAACAGAGACACUAAUCAAACACUACUUAAACUUGUGCUGAUUAUAUUUUCUUAUUGAAUAUCUAUCAAUAUUAUAUCAUUCAAUUCACAAUUACUCAUUAAUUAUUAGUGUCUUUAUAAUAGUAAUAAAUCAAAUGCCAAAUGUUUUAAGGCAUUUCAGACUUUUACACUGAGUCAUUUAAUGGCAUAGUCCGACCCCAUGGGGCCAUUUUAGGCAACAUACUGUAGACUGAAGCCUUGAUCACUGGUUCCUCUCUUAACAAGUACAAGUGUGGCAGUUAACAGACUGGAAAUAUUAUCUUUAACAUACUUUCGCUCAUCAUCUUAGUCUAUAAUUAUACAACAGUAUUAUGAACUCCUCGCUUUGAGGCCAAGCAGCAUUCUCCAGUCUUAAGAAAUGAAGCUGAUGCAGUAGCGCUAAAAACUGUAGUUCUUUGAGUGUCCACUUGAGGCAGCCUGUAGAAGUACCAGAAACCAAAAAAGCCCAUUUUGGACCUGAAUGGGACAUGAAGUUUCUGUAGAUAAAAUGUUACCUUUACAAGACUUGUGAAUCAGAGGCUGACCUGACUGACAUGUGGGACACGCUUUAAAACUCCACUUCACAAACAAAAACUAGUGGAGUCAACAUUUCUUUCGAUUAUUGAUUACAGUGAUGUGUUAUACAUGAGAAUGUUUAAUGCCUCCACAUGCUGGAUAGUGUGUAUCAUGGUGCUCUGAGGUUUAUUACGAACUGUGGAGCUCCAACUCAUCAUUGUGUCUUAUCCAGUAAAGUAAAUUGGCCAUCUUCACAUGUACGCCGGCUCAGCCAUUGGUACAUGUUGAUUUAUAAGGCUAUUCUUCAGAUGACUCCAUCUUGUAUAUCCUCUCUUUUAAUCUUGAAUAAUAGGGCCUACAGUCUCCAUUUUUACCAGGACUUUUAUCAUUUUACUGUUCCUAAGGUCAGAACAGAGAUGGGGAAGAAAGCUUCUAGAUUUUCUGCUCCGAGUACAUGGAACAUCUUGCAAUCAGACCUGAAACUCCAAAGUCUGGUAUCUCUGAAUGUAUUCAAAUCCAUGAUAAAUUCCAUUACAUCUAGGCUUCAGGAGUGCAAAUGUUUAAUUUGAGUGCAAAUGUUUGACUAAUCUUGUAAAAUCUUUUAACUAAUUUUGAAUUAUUUUGAAUUUUGAUUAUUUGUAUUCUUUUCAUUCUAUAUGAUUAAUGUGAUUAUGUAUUGAAAUUAUCUGUGCUGCCAGUCUUGGCAGUCUCUUGCAAAAGAGAUCUUGGAUCUCAGUGGGACAAACGUGGUUAAAUGAAGGUUAUAAUAAUAAAAAUAGGUGAAUUACUUGACGCCAUGUCAACAUAUUUAUACAUAUUUCACAUGUUAUUAAGUACCUCUUAAUAAAUACAUAAAUAAAUAAAUAAAUAAAUAAAACCCCAAAUGUAUUAUUUUUUUUUUUUUUUUUUGCAUCAGCCUGUGAUAAAUAGGUGUUUUGAUAUAGAACCAGGCAGGCUUUCCUGAGCUUUAUGAGCCAGCCACCUAGUGGAUAUAUGUGGAACUGUAUUUAUUCAUUUAUUUUUUUCUAUUGGUUUAAACUUUUGAAAACCAAAGGUUGCCUACAACGAAUUUACCAACUCUGGUGUGUUAAGUCUGGUGUGCUUGAGAUCUGUAAUAAAUGAUAAGAUCACACAUUGGUGUUUUGUGUGUCUCUGUGAAAAAUGUAUUUGACAUUGAUUUUAAGCCUUUCUCUGACAGAUGUUGCUAUUCAGUUAAAAUUACAGUACCUCCAUUACACAGACAUGCAGACCAGAAACUUGACUGAAUAGCUUGUACGUGUUUGUGCCUCUGGUGUAUUUCAGGUGGGUGUUUCUUUAUGAGAAGGCUUAUCAGAUCAGAGACACAGCAAUCGAAUCCUCUGUGAUGACCAAGGUCAAAGGUUUUGGGGUCUAUAACAACAGAGUGAUGGAUGUUGCAGACUAUGUAACACCUACACAGGUAAAUCCAGUUUUAAUCAUUUAUUGAUUAAUGUACCUGAUUUCUCACUGUCUUAUCUACUUGAUUGGUUCACAGGCUGGCAACAAUGCAGAUUUACACUAAACAUCACAGUUUGUUUAGACAGAUAGAUAGGUAUACUUUUUUGAUCCCAAACUAGGAAAUUCACACAUGUAGUGCACUGUUAUGCCCCUCUUAUGUGGUAGCUCUUGUUGCUUGUUGCUGGUUUUGUUAGAAGGUCGGUGUCACCAGUGUAAAAACAAUGUAUGUGCAGAGGCCUCUGGAAAACAAGAUCUGAGCAUAGAUUUUUCUGAAUGAGAGAAUUAGUGUUGAACCUUUAAAGAAGAGAUGACAUGAAAACUGCUAUGGCAAAGCAAAGUUACAACAGACAAAAUAUAGAUACACCAACAGGAACAGAUUAACAUUUGGAUUAAUAAAAAGUAGGAAGUAGUGACAACUGUUUACAAAAUCUGAUCUCGGACAGUUUUUUCAUGUGUGCGGCAAGAGUAACCCUAUCAAAGAAUUUGAAUAUUUCACAGGUUUCGUGGUUCACCUGUGGAAAUAACUGUGUUAUCUGCAUACACUCAAAUAUUGCAUUCUUUUCCCAACAGGGAGCCUCAGUCUUCUGCAUAAUCACCAAAAUGAUCACAACAGAGAACCAGUUCCAAGGAUACUGUCCUGAGGUCCGCUGCUUUUACUUCUGUAAUUAGUUUUCACAGUCAUUUAUACCUCGAUAAUUUCAACUACUUCCCACCGUAUAUGGCAGACGCAAGCUUGACAUCAAACAGGAGCACCUGAAUGUUAUAGCAUAAAAGUUAGGAGAAUAAUUUAUACUUUAUCAUUGUUUCUUCCAAAGAUAACAGAUAUCUGUAUUGUUUUUUUCACAUUUUACUGUCAGUUCAAUUUCUGAUAGUGCUGUGAGUCCUCAUGCUUAAUGGAUUUUUUUUUUUUUAAACUGAAAAUGGACAAAACACAGUUUUUAUUGCCAGAGGUGUACACAAAAUUUGGUGUGAAAGGCAGAAAGGAUUCAUCUAAAGUUGCUGUGAUUAACUUUCGGUUCGCUGUUUCGGUUUGGUUUUGGUGCCUCCUGUGAUCAAAACAGAGCUUGUUUUGGCUUGUUUAGUUUGGUCCUUCUCUCUUUCAAUCAGCAGAUAUAUUUCUCAUAGCAAAUCUUUGUUAAAGAAGAUGUAAAAUAAGCUACUUCGCUGGUUCAGUCUCAGUUUCAGUCUGUGUCAUAACCAGUUCUCACAAGAACUUUGAUAAUAAUAUAUGAUUUGUAUCAUUAUCAGAAUGAACGAAACAGAUGCAAUCAGGGCUAAGCUUGAGUAGUCAUAGCAUAUUAAACCAAAUGCUGCAGGACUUUUGUCACCGAAGUAAAGUGCACUCUGCAAAACCAGCUUGAAUUCAUGAUUCAGAUCUGGGUCUUUCUUUUGGUGUUGUGACAGUGGCCUUUAAACCCAGGGUGGGAUUCCAGUGUGUCCUAAAGUGAAAAAAAAAAAGACUGUACAGUCUGUUGUAUUAAAUGAACAUACAUGCCACUGAAGUCACACAUGAAUACAGUGUCAUCUCCACAGAGAGUGCUCUUGUCAGAAUUAUUACCAAGUGUGUGAUUGUCAUUGUUUGUGUUCCCCAGUCUGAAACCAAGUAUAAUUGCACUCACGACAGUGACUGCACCAAGUUCCUUAACAAACCGGGGAGUAAUGGUGAGCUAUCUCUGUUUUCAACCUCCUCUCUUAUGUCUGUUUCAUCAUAUCUCUAGUUAUGCUUCUGCACAUAAACUGUCAAUUGAAAAGUAUGGACUGGUAUUUAUGUCUAAGUGUCCAAGUCUGUGUGAUCUAUAUGUAUAUGUAAUGCCUUUCUCGUGUGCACAACUUUUUUUUUUUUUUUUUCCUGUUCAGGAAUUCCAACAGGGAGGUGCGUUCAUUUCAACUCCUCCCUCAUGAUGUGUGAGAUACAAGGAUGGUGUCCUGCUGAGAUCGACACCAUUACGACGUAAGAUGAUAAGCUGCAUGAAUUGAUGCAGAUGCCUUUUAAAGCCCCUGCAAUGAUACAGGAUACUGACCCAAUACUCGGACAGAAAAUAGAGUUAUGAUUCACAGUUCAGUAAAAAGACUUGACUCUAUUAGAGCAAUGCUUGUUGGAAAGCCACUUCUUUCAUAUCUAAGCCCUGUUUUUGAUGUGUUUGAGACUGAUUCACUGUAGGCUAGUUUAGGCUCCACAGCUGAUUCAUAUACAGACACAUAGGUAUUUUGCUUAUUUUUCUCUUCUGUAUUUAUGCAUCUUUUUUUGGAGGCUUAUAUGUAUUGACAUAAUUUUGCAAUACCACCAGAGAUUAUGGGAGCAGUGUUGGGCAGUAUGGCUAACAGUUGCCCAAGGCCAGAUGGAGAAUAUUUUACACUAAUGGCAAAACUUUGUAGGGAGGCUGUGCAACUUAGUUAGUAUUGUAAAUAGAGCACAGUACAAGCUAAAGCAGGCCACAAAGCCAGACUCAAUCUGCAUUACAUCAGCUGAUUAUACUAUUUGCCUCAGGCUUUGAUAUUCCAUGUAUUUUUGUUGAAGGUCAGGGAGCUCUUGAACAGCCAUACCACCAAAUAUAACUAGAUAAUUUACCCUCUUUAAAAUGCUUUGAUGGUUGAUUUAUUUUACUGUAUUUAAAUGUAAAAAUGUGUUGUCUCUGAUGUUGCCAUAUAACCCCUUAGACUCGCAAUAUCAAAAACCAGCAAACAGGUCCCGAACCUCUCUGUGGUGAAAUUGCAGUCUUUGUCAGUAGAGGCUGGUACCUUUGAAAGGAGCUGUAUACUGGCUCCAGGCUUGGUUAAGAUAUAGACAUGUACCUUCACAACAAAAUGGCUUUCUCUGUAGAGAUCCUUAAUGGUUGACAGAAUUGGGUUUAAUGGUAAAGUUACACUGAGUGUUGGUUCUGAGGGGUUUGAUAAAACUGAAAAAAAGUUAUGCAGCCUCAAACACACUCUUAAAACAUGGUCAAUUUGUUCUUUUUGACAUCUUCAGUUCUUUACUGUUUCUCGCAGUUCGCCAAUGAUGGAAGUGGAGAAUUUCACUAUUUUCAUUAAGAACAGCAUCCGCUUCCCGACCUUCAACUACACGAAGUAUGACUAUUUUGAUUGUUAACCUGGUGAUAAUGGUGCUGUAUAGUGACUAGCUAAAGAUAUGCCUGUCUUUGUGCAGAGGGAACUUCCUCCCGACCAUCACUGACUCUUACAUCAAGAAAUGUAACUUUGACUUGGUCAACAACACGUACUGUCCCAUCUUCAGAGUUGGAGAUGUAGUUCGAUAUGCACAGCAGAACUUCAACAUACUGGCUAACAAGGUAAGGUCAAGAUGUUCCUAAAGGGUUUCUGAGUCAUGUGGUUAAAAGAAAUCUGCAGGGAAGAUGAAAUUAUGGUCUUUAAGUACUAGGAAGUCCAAUCACACAGCUUUGGACAUCUUCCUGAGAAGCUAACUGGUUCUUCAACGAUCCAAACUGAACCUUUCAGUCCUCAUCCAGAGAGUGCUGGAAGUCAUGCAAAUUUUCUGUUUGUCAUAUUUUUUUUCCUUGGAUUUCUACUGAAGAAGGACUCAACAUUCACCAUGGAGACAUUCCAACUUCUCUACAAGCAGAUAUCUGCCUGAAACAUUUCCUCCUUAAUGACCAAUCUGCCUGAUGCUUUGUUGUAUGAUCCCAUGAGCAGAUGCAAUCCCUAUCCUACUGGAAAUGCAUCAGAAACAAUUGAUCAGACUUCCAUCCAACAAACAUUUGGAAAGUCACUUUUUCUUACCAUUACCUUUUUUAGACACCCCCCCUCCCCCCGCAUCACAGUUAUUUUGGAAAAACUGGAAAUGACAAAGAGUUGGUGUCUUUCACAAUCUUCCACCGCUGGACAGUGACAACAGGUGGAUCCAAGGUUGAGUUGUCAAUAACCUCAAGGUCCUUUAGUUCUGUCACUCCUAUUUGUGUCAAUCCUUGUCACUUUCCUUUAUUUUCAAUAACAACUAAUUUUUUAGAGAUUUCCAUUAUGCAGAUGAUUUUCCAAUGUGUGUGUGAAAUCAAGAGUUUUGCUAGAAUCUUGGCCCUUCUCUCGUGUUGGUCAUUAGGCAGACUCUGCUUGUGUAACUCAUUGUGGGCAGUCAUCUUUUUCUAUGAUUAGACAUCAUGACACAUGUCUGUGAUCAUGUCUUUGAUGUGUCUUAAAAUUGAUGAUAACAAUGUCAAGUAUGAGAGAGUGUCAGACAUUAAACACAUUUUUAAAGUCUCCUGGGGGUGGUGGGCACCGCUUGAAUACUUGAAUAUCUUAUAUUUGAAACUAUACAUUACUGAAAAUGUAAGUCCUGUUUGUUUUGUAGAACAAAUAUAUCACUCCAUCAUCUGCAUAUUAACACAAUAUUCCUUAAAAUCUGGCUCAUUUCAAAAACGCUGUUAGGGUGGAGUGAUUGGAAUAAAGAUCGGCUGGAUAUGUGAUCUGGACAAAUCAGAUGAUGAAUGUAACCCCUCCUACUCCUUCACCCGCCUUGAUGCCAUGUCUCAGAAGAAUGCUGUGUCACCUGGCUAUAACUUUAGGUAUGUACUAACUUGACUGAACUAUCAAUUGCCAUUAGCAGAGCUCACAAUAGAACUAAUAACCUUAUAACCUAAUUGAAUUUACUUUCAGGGAUAAAUAAAGUUCUUCUUAUUAAGUGGGAUUGCAAAGCAUUCCUACUACAUGUUAUCCAUAUCUUCAAAAUUCUUCUUCUUCUUCUUCUUCUUCUUCUUCUUCUUCUUCUUCUUCCACCCAUUUUAGGCCCUCUCCUUUCAUACAGUACAGGCCAAAAUUUUGGACACACCUUCUCAUUCAAUACUUUUUUUUGUUCUCAUUACUAUUUAAAUUGUAGAUUCUCAGUGAAAGCAUCAAAACUAUGAAUGCACCCAAGUGGAAUCAUGUGCUUAAGAAAAAAAGUGUGAAAUAAUUGAAAACAUGUAUUUGUAUUGUAUUUUAGAUUCCUCAAAGUAGCCACCCUUUGCUUUUUUGAUAUCAUUGCAAACCUUUGCUGUUCACUCAAUGAGCUUCAUGAGUUGUAGUAGUCACCUGAAAUAGUUUUUACUUCACAGGUGUGCCUUGUCAGGGUUACAUUGUGACUAAGUACUUCUGUCAUCAAGAGCAAAGGGUGACUAUUUUAAAGAAACUAGAAUAUAAAACAUGUUUUCAGUUAUUUCGCACUUUUUUUAAAGUACAAAAUUCCACGUGUUCAUUCAUAGUUUUGAUGCCUUCAGUGAUAUUCUACAAUGUAAAUAGUCAUAUAAAAAAUAAAGAAAAGACAUUGAAUGAGAAGGUGUGUCCAAAUUUUUGGCCUGUACUGUAUUUCAAACCAUUCAAACUUUAAAAUAUUCAUCCCAAUUCAGACAUUUGGGAUUGUAUUCAGAAUUUUCUUAACCUUCAUACUUGGCGAGGUAUUCCCAGUUUUCCAACUGAUUUCUUCCAUUAGAAAUGCAUGGAGUCAAUGAGAAAAGGCUUCAGAUGUAUUCAACUUCAACCUCUUCUCAUUCCUUCAUACUUUUACUUAAAAACUGUGUUCAAACUUUAAAGCAUUCACAAAUCAUCACCUAUUCUCACAUUCAUUCACGACCUUCAUCACUUUCAUACUUUUCUCACAGUAAGUGUUCAAAUGUCAUGAGAAUUUCUGACCUCUUCAGGUUUUAACAUUAGUGUGUGCUGCAUGGAGUGUUGGCAGCUAGAGUGAGUGACAUCAUUGCUAGAGUGAGAGGAUCAUCCUUGAUCGACAAAACCUAGCUCGAAUUAGUGCAUGGGCCCGACAGAUAUUUGGUACACCUCAGGGUGGCAAAGGUUCAUCAUGAUUUUUGGAAAGAUAUAUGUCUGUAGAUUAUAUUUUUGUAUGAUAACCUUUCCAGGUGCCCAGCUAAAUAUUGUUUAUCAGCUCAUGAAGUUAACCACCGUUUAAGAUAAAUUAGAUUUUUUUUCACUGGUGUAUAUCUGGUUUAGGCUCACUGCAGGGACAUUUCUCCAAGGUUUACAAUAGAAUGUUUGGUAUCAUUUUAAAGGGGACCCUUGUGGAUUUCAUUAAAGCCCAUAUGUGUUCACCUUAGACCAACAUAGAAGUCACUAGAGCUCUUCAAAACACAAAAAAUGCAAAUUUUUCUGCAAUUUUUGCCUACAUGAUAUACUUUCUUUUGGCCAUAUGUCACCCAGGGACAUCAGGGAUACAAGAUUUACAAACUGCAAUACUCCCGGGACUUAUACGAUUCAGAAAAAUGUGUAACAUACCCAUACUAUCUCUUUGUGGGAGGUGACUGUGAGGAGUUUUGAGAAGUCAGAGGCGAGAAUUUUGGUUCUGCAGGGAACCGUGGGGGCAUCUCAAGACUCUGUCUCAUCUGUCACACACGCUCAGUGUUAACCUGCUCUCAUCCGUAAAGAGCAUGGUGCACCGAUAGAUCACGAAUCUGCCAGUCUUGGUGUUCUCUGGCAAAUGCCUAUCGCCCUGCACGGUGUUGGGCUGUAAGCACAAGCCCCACUUGUGGACAACAGGCCCUAAUACCGACCUCAUGGAGUCUGUUUCUGACAGUUUGAGCAGAAACAUAAUUUUAGUGGCCUGGUGGAGGUUAUUUUCCAGGGCUCUGGCUGUGCUCCACCUGUUCUUCCUUGCACAAAGGAGGCAGUAGCGGUCGUGCUGCUUGAUUGUUGCCCCCUGCUUGUCUCCUUGAGUACUGGCCUGUUUCCUGGUAUCUCCUCCAUGCACUGGACACUGUGCUGACAUACACAGCAAACCUUCUUGCCACAGCUCGCAUUGAUGUGCCAUCCUACAUGAGCAACUUCUGUGGGUUGUAGACACUGCCUCAUGCUUUCUCUAGGGGUGAGAGCGCUGACAAAAUGCUAAAGUGACCAAAACAUCAUCCAGAAAAGAUGACAACAGAGAACUGGUCUCUGGUCACCACCUGCAGUACCACUCCUUUAUAGAGGUUGUCUUGUUAAUUGCCUCUCUUUCCACCUGUUGUCUGUUCCAUUUGCACAGCAGCAGUUGAAACUGAUUCACAAACAGCUUGCUUCUUAACUGGUUGCAUUUCACAGAAGUGUGAUUGACUUGGAGUUAUAUUGUGUUGUUUAAGUCAUCCUUUUAAUUUUUGAGCAGUGUAUGUUGUUUGUGGUUUAAGGAGCUCUAGUGACCUCCAUGUAUUUCAGAAAGGUUCGUAAUUCGAUUUGAAUGAAUGCUCCAAAUGUUCCCUUUAAAAUGACACCAAACACAAUAUUAUUAAACAUUGGGAGGUGCCCUAACUAUGAGUCUAAACCAGGAUAGGCAACAGCGGCUAACAUCCAAUUUACCACGGGGAGGGGGGUUAACCUGGAGAAGGAAAUAUAGAAAACCAAGGGCCUUAUUUGAAGGGCAACCAGUGGAUUCUUGUUUGGGAAUGCUGGUUGCCCACUUUUCCUCAAAUAUACCUACAGAGUCACAUGAUUCUGAAGUUAUAGCCCAGUCUAAGAUGCCUGUGAGGAGCUAGUUAACCCUUGGCUACACAACUGGAUGCAGGACAGCCCAAUAUGGCUGUCAGCCAAACCCAUUCACUACAUCUUGUCAGUGCCAAAAGUCAAGUGACCUUUGCAUGAAUAUUUAAUGCACUGAAGGGAAAAAAAAUCUGAUCACAAAGAAUUGUAAUGCUGUUUUGAUUCAGUCAUUACUAUUCAUAUUUGUAAUUAGUUGCCAUGUUCAGUGAAUUUUACGGAUUGAUUAAAAGGGUGAAAAAUGUCUACCUGGUCUUUGAUUAUUACUGAAUUAGUAUUAGUAAUAAUAUCAUUACAUCUAAACAAUUGGUGUGGGGAUUUUUUGCGUAGUGCUGGUCCAAAGAAUGAAUGGAGGUGAAUGGGCCUGAGCCGGUUACCGCUAUUUUAAGGCCUCUCACAAAGAAAUAGAAUAUCAUACAUUUCCUGAAUCCUCAAAGUCCAUUUAAUAUUGAGAUUGUUGGCUUUGGGGUCCUUGAUAUCCCUUGAUCCCAUAGAGAUAAAAGAAACUAUAUAGUUUAGGGCGAAAACGGUGGGAAAAUGUGUGUAAUUUAUGGUUUAGAGAGGUCAUGUGACCUGUGUUUUUCAGAAAGAUACAACCAUGGGCUUAAAUGAAAGGCUACAUGGCCCUCUUUACAAUGAUACCAAAUAAUCAUAUAUCAAUUCUUAACAAAUAGGAAACUGAUAGCCAUUUCUAACGUUGGGCGAUAUAUAUCAGUAAUUACACUAAUUAAUCAAUAAUUAUGACUAAACAGUAACUUUUACAGCUGAGCAACUGGCAGAAAUGGAUUCAACACAAAAAAAUCAUACAGAAUAAAUGCAUUUGCAGGGGCUUUUUCAAUUUUCUGUCCUGACUAACAUCCCUGAUGGGAGAUCCCCCCACGGUUCUCGCCUAAACCUAUGACUUCUCAAAACUCCUCAUAGUCACCUCCCACAAAGAGAUAGUAUGGGUAUGUUACACAUUUUCUGAAUCUUAUAAGUCCCAAGAGUAUUGCAGUUUGUAAAUCUUGUAUCCCUGAUGCCCCUGGGUGACAUAUGGCCAAAAGAAAGUAUAUCAUGUAGGCAAAAAUUGCAGAAAAAUUUGCAUUUUUUGUGUUUUGAAGAGCUCUAGUGACUUCUAUGUUGGUCUAAGGUGAACACAUAUGGGCUUUAAUGAAAUCCACAAGGGUCCCCUUUAAAAUGAUACCAAACAUUCUAUUGUAAACCUUGGAGAAAUGUCCUUGCAGUGAGCCUAAACCAGAUACACCAGUGUAAAAAAAAAUCUAAUUUAUCUUAAAGGGUGGUUAACUUCAUGAGCUGAUAAACAAUAUUUAGCUGGGCACCUGGAAAGGUUAUCAUACAAAAAUAUAAUCUACAGACAUGUAUCUUUCCAAAAAAUCAUGAUGAACCUUUGCCACCCUGAGGUGUACCAAAUAGUGAAAUUCUGUCUCUAACCCAUAGCCUAAAUAUAUCUCUCUCACCCCCCAAAUUUCACUCCACAGCCAUAAAAAAUGCAUCAAAAUGGAGGUAAAUUAGUCCUGCUUCUCACUGAAGAGGUGUCAAAUCAUUAAAUUGUACUUCUUGGCCAGCAGGUGACCAACUGUCCAAGCAGGGCAAAGAUUCUGCCCAUUGACUGUAAUGUUAUCUUUUGUCUAUAAAAUCCUGAUGGCCACUAAGGGUCUACACUUUUUACCUCGCUGUUGUGGCCACAUUUUUCAGAGUACAAACAUGGAACACACAUCAUUGUGUUAAUGAGGCUCUUAGGAUUCCUAAGACUGAUGUUCCUAUGUUCUUAUUUUCAUGGUAGGAUUAAGAAAAUUAAGCCAUAUGGAGAAGUUAAGAGGGUUUAGUUUCAUUGGGGUUAGGCAGCUUCUCAUGAAAACAGUUGGUCAGUUGGUCCCUUUGAUCUCUAACAGCUGUUUAGAAUGCAUUAAUUAACAAGACACACAUGCACACAUGGUCAGUGUGUGUGUGCGCUGGUCUUUCUCUGUCUGUGUGACCUGCAUGUACACACAGUAACUAUGUGUGUGCGUGAGUCUCUUUCUGUCUAUGAGACCUACGUACAUGCACACACUUUGACCAUGUGUGUGCUUGAGUCUCUUUCUUUAAGACAUAUAUGCACACACAAGACUACCACUACUUUCUCAGCUUCAAGCCUCAUUUCUCCUACUGUAGUGAUGCAUCUACCUCCCUCAUGGCAACAAAUUGUGUGUCAUGGAGACACACAGCUGACUGGAAAGCUGCUUCUAAUGGCCAUAUGAGACACAUGAAUCCAGGCUCAGCACACAAAGCACUGGGGGUUACAUUUAAAACCUUUCACUAGAGCACUUGACAAACUUCAGCCCCUAUCUCCACACAAACUUUGAGCUACAGAAACUGUCCAGGGCUUCAAAAAUUCAGCUCAUUUAAGACAUUAUGUGGUGUCUUCAGGAUUUUUAUUCAUUUAAAUUUUCCCCACUUUAAAAUCACUCUCAUUAUAAAUGCAUUAUUCAAUUCUCCUUCAAACAAAUUUAAACUCAGACUGAUUCAAACCUUUCUAAUACUUAAAACCUUACUCAUACUUUAUGAUUUUUAAUGAUUUUAAUUUUCUACAUGUUAAGAUUUUUUCAUUAUUUAUACAUUAUUUAAUGAAUUUAUUCAAUUUAUUCAAAUUGAUUCAAACCUUCCUGAUACUUCAAACCUUCUUAUCUUCCUAUCUUACAUAUUUUUUACAUACAGCCAUUUGCAAUUGCAGUUUAGCGUCAGCAAUUUCAAUCGGGGCUAUCCGACUUGCAAUUUCUUCAGAAACUGCAUUUUCCAGUUCUUAUUCUUAUGGACUUGAUGACAGUUUCUGUCGUGGUAUUUUCCUCAAUCAGACACACAAACUAUAGAAAUCUCACCAGAUUACAACAAACAAUAAUCACCGUAUUGCGCAGAAAAGGAUCAUUGAUCACCCCUGAAGAUAACGUGAUGCCUCACAGUCAUUUGCCUUCAGUUUAGAGGUUACUGUUUAUGUUCCUGUCUGAUUUGCUUCAUAAGCUCAAAAGUUUUAUGGAAGAAAAAGACUGUUUGAAAAUUCUGUGUCCAGGUUUGCCAAGUACUACAAGACGGAGAAUGGGACAGACUACAGAACUCUGGUCAAAGCCUAUGCCAUACGAUUUGAUGUCCUGGUCAAUGGAAACGUAAGAGAAUCCUGAUAUGAGUCAAUAUUACAGACUGUGACCUGGUCCAUUCAUGAGUUUUAUGUCGUGUGUGUUCUUGAAAAAAGAACUGUUCCGUACAUAUAAUAGCAGAAGGAUGUUUGAUAGCUGACUGAAUCAUGCAUCACAUUACAUCUUCUUUUAGGUGUGAUAGUAUUCUCAUCCAGUUGAGCUUCACCAGAGGUCUUAAAGAAAUGUGAAUACAUUUCAUGUAACUGGUUUUCCCUCAAUCGUGUUCAUAACAGACUUUAGAUUGAUAUGACAGGUACAGGAGCUUUGACAGCAAAGACGUGCUACAGUUUUAGUGAUGUUUUCCUUUUUUGGGAUAAGAAAAAAACAAAAAAAACAUUGUUCUGUCUUUGUAGGCAGGGAAGUUUAACAUGAUUCCUACACUCAUCAACAUGGUGGCAGCCUUCACAUCAGUAGGAGUGGUGAGUUUUACGCACACAUAUUUAAGCCAAAGUGAGUUCUGUACCAGUGAGCUGUCAAUCAAUAUUUGUCCUGUUUUCAGCCAGUGGGGCUAUCCCUGGUUUUAACCGACUUGAGGCCCAAUGAAGUCACAGCUUCACAUCUCUCAGCCAUCUCUCCACAGCUCAAUGAGUGGAUUUCAAACCAGACAUUUAACACUUAAAAGCUAGUUUUGAUGAAAAUUCCGAGCACCAACAACUUAAGUGAACAGCACAGUUGUUUCUCAAACUCUUUGAAAUAUUAUCUUUCCUUAUUUGACUUUAAACAGGUUGUUAUUGCACAGGGAGUUUGGGAUCUUUCAUGAGAUUUUUCGUCAGUUUGAUAGAGUGAUAGCGUUAGUUCUUUCUGUGUUAGUAUUUCUACACCAGUGUCAAACACGGAAACAGACUGAUGAAGGCAGAAGGGGAUGAAGAGUUCCUGUGUUUUUGAGUUAAAAUGGGUGUUUUCAUUGAAAGGGAGUCAGCUGUAUUUGGGAAAAACAGUACAACAUCUGUUUCUGGUCAUAAAAAAGGCAUGAAUAAAUACAUGUAUCAAAGGGGUUUUUACACAAAAAAAGCCUCAGUCAGUACAUUUGUCACCCAGAGAGAUAAAUGUGCUAUUGUUAUCACUGUUGUUGUUUUUCAGGGCACAGUGCUGUGCGACAUCAUACUGCUGAAUUUCUUGAAAGGAGCUGAGCAGUACAAGGCCAAGAAAUUUGAAGAGGUAAAGUAUCAAAAAGUUUAACCUGAUCUAAUACAAUCUGGACUCCAAAAGAGUCCAGGGGCUGAGAGAAGCCCCUGCUACUCAGGGACUUAAACAGCUGCUACUGUGGCUGUUUUAGUAGUUUGUCAGGUAGUCAUGACUGUGAUGUGUCAGUCACAACUUCAACUCUCAUGCCUAUCAGAUGGUAUAUAGUCCUCUAAAUGGGAUCAUCUCAAAGACUGCAAACUCCUGAGGCUGUGAGCUGUGUUCAGUUAGACUUCUUUACAGGUUUAACAGCAACACUUUUGAUUAAUGAACUCUACUACUCCAUAUCAGCUGUUAAUCCACAGGAAAACUGCAAAGCUGUAGUCAUUCUUGAUUCAAAAUGAGGCAAAAGUUUGUGACCGAGUUAUUAUAAAUAACUCUUCCUCUGUCAUCUGUAGGUGUCGGACAGUCCGCUUCAUUCUGCUGGAGAUGGGUUGUAUCGCUCACAGCUGUCCCUCAGACAUGAUGAGACCAUCAUGAAGUCCAGCGACUCAGGAGCCUUUUCUAUUGAACAGUAUAGCUAAAGCUGCAAAAGAC